AUGACAGAUGACAAAGAUGUGCUUCGAGAUGUGUGGUUUGGUCGUAUUCCAACUUGCUUCACCCUGUAUCAGGAUGAGAUAACUGAACGGGAAGCAGAACCAUAUUAUUUACUUUUGCCAAGAGUAAGUUAUUUGACGUUGGUAACUGACAAAGUGAAAAAGCACUUUCAGAAGGUUAUGAGACAAGAAGACAUCAGUGAGAUAUGGUUUGAACAUGAAGGCACGCCACUGAAAUGGCAUUAUCCAAUUGGUUUGCUAUUUGAUCUUCUUGCAUCAAGUUCAGCUCUUCCUUGGAACAUCACAGUACAUUUUAAGGGUUUUCCAGAAAAGGACCUUUUGCACUGUCCAUCUAAGGACACAAUUGAAGCUCAUUUCAUGUCUUGUGUGAAAGAAGCUGAUGCAUUAAAGCACAAAAGCCAAGUAAUCAAUGAAAUGCAGAAAAAAGAUCACAAGCAGCUCUGGAUGGGAUUACAUAAUGACAGAUUUGACCAGUUUUGGGCCAUCAAUCGGAAACUCAUGGAAUAUCCUGCAGAAGAAAGUGGAUUUCGUUACAUCCCUUUUAGAAUAUAUCAGACAACGACUGAACGACCUUUCAUUCAGAAGCUUUUUCGUCCUGUGGCUACAGAUGGACAAUUGCAUACUUUAGGAGAUCUCCUCAAAGAAGUCUGUCCUUCUGUGAUUGCUCCUGAAGAUGGGGAAAGAAAGAAUCAAGUGAUGAUUCAUGGAAUUGAGCCAAUGUUGGAAACACCUCUACAGUGGCUGAGUGAACAUCUGAGCUACCCGGAUAAUUUUCUCCAUAUUAGUAUCAUCCCACAACCCACAGAUUGA